AUGCCCAAGACCCCUGCCCCCACUGGAACCCUGCCCCACAAGAACCUCUGCCCCACAAGAACCCUACCCCACAGAGACCCUGCCCCACUCAGACCCCUGCCCCCCAAGAACCCCUCCCCACAAGAACCUCUACCCCCACUAAAACCUCUGCCACCACAAGAACCCCUGCCCCCCACAGGACCUCUGCCCCACAAGAACCUCUGCCCCCACAAGAACCCCUACCCCCACUGGAACCUCUGCCAGACCCCUGCCACAGAACCCCUGCCCCCACUAGAACCUAUGCCACACAAGAACCCCUACCCCAACAAGAACCCUACCCCUCAGACACUCUGCCACACAGAACCUCUGCCCCCAUGA